AUGCCUGACACAAUCCCCCCCUCGGAGAAGCAGAUCGAAAAAUCCGUCCAUCUGGACGAUAAUAACCGCGUGUCGGACGACGAGGCCGUCUCCGACUUCAGCCAUGUCGACGCCAAGAAGGUGCUGAGGAAGAUGGACCUGCGUCUCAUCCCCAUGCUGGCCGUCUUGUAUCUGCUCUCCUUCCUGGACCGGGGGAACAUUGGCAACGCGAAGAUCGAGGGCCUGGCCGAAGAUCUCCACCUGACGGGGGCGCAAUAUAACUGGUGCUAUAGACAGACCCUCAUGGGCAUCGUCACCAAUUAUCAUGGUCUGCUGCUUGCGCGACUCUUCCUCGAGGCCGGUCUCUACCCCGGCGUCGCGUUCUACAUUACCAUGUGGUACUGUCGCUACGAGGCGCAGUUCCGACAAGCCCUGUUCUUCAGCGCCGCCAGCGUGGCGGGAGCAUUUUCAGGUCUGCUGGCGUACGCCAUUGCGAAAAUGGACGGCGUGGGCGGAUACGCCGGAUGGCGAUGGAUCUUCAUCCUCGAGGGCCUGGCGACCGUCGUCGUCGCGGUCAUCGCCUUCUUCGUCAUCUACGACUUCCCUGAAACGGCCACGUUCCUGACAGAGGACGAGCGGGCGUGGGUGAUCCAUCGGCUGAAGUAUCAGGGAUCGGACGACCACACGCACGUAGAAGAGGUCGAGCAAUUCAAGUGGAAAUACGUGUGGGAUGCGUUUACGGACUGGCAGAUCUAUCUCGGGCUGCUCAUGUACUGGGGCAUCGUCUGUCCGCUGUACGGCAGUUCGCUUUUCCUGCCGACUAUUAUCAAGGACCUGGGCUAUUCGUCCUCGACGGCGCAGCUGCUGACUGUCCCGAUCUACAUCACCGCGGCCGGAAUCUCCGUACUGUCUGCCUGGCUCUCCGAUCGAGCCGGCCAGCGGUCUCCAUUCAUCUUCUUUUUCAUGUGCUGCAUCGGCUGUGGAUUCAUUAUCUGCCUCGCUGCGUCUGGACGAGGCGUUCCGGGCGUCGUCUACUUUGGCGUGUUCCUGGCUGUCGCGGGCAUUUACCCGGCCUUCCCCGGCAACGUCACCUGGAUGAGCAACAACCUGGCCGGCGGGUACAAGCGCGCGGCGGGAAUGGCCAUCCACAUUGGCGUAGGCAAUCUUGCUGGAGCAAUGGCAUCCAACUUCUACCGCCAACAGGACAGCCCGCGGUACGUUCUGGGCCACUCGCUGGAACUGGGCUUUGUCGCCGCGGGCCUCAUCGCCGUCGCCGUGCUGCGUUUCUCGUACCAGCGGAUCAACCGGCUGCGCGCGGAGAAGGGGACAGGCGGCUACACGGCUGAGGAGAUGAGUCGGAUGGGGGAUCGGUCGCCUGCGUUUCGAUAUAUACGUUGCAUGAUGAAUGACAUGUUCAUCAUUCCUGUGAAACAUGGCUGGGCGAACAUUCUAUGUUUCUAUACUCAGCCUUGUUGCUCCGCGGUUAAGCUAACGCACCAACGUGGAAACCCCGCAGGCGGAGCCCAUGCCAAUGCGCAACGCUCACGGCAGAAGAUUCUCCAAAUGGACCAGCCGCAGCGGCCAUCCACAUCGACCAGUACCGCCCAGGUCGCGCCCACCGUGGAGGUGGACGAGGAUGCGUACAGCACUAAUAAUGACAACGCGACGACCUACAGCGAGGAGCUCACAACGUAUACCGCAUCCUUGACCACGAGUGCCCGCUCCUACGAGUGGAGACACGGCCGACGCUACCACAGCUAUCAGGCCGGAAGCUACCAGUUCCCCAACGAUGAGUGGGAGCAGGAUCGUCUGGACAUGGUGCAUCAUGUCGUCUACCGGCUGCUAGGCGACCGGCUGUUUCUGGCCCCGAUCAACCCGGAGGGCAUGCGGAUUCUCGAUAUCGGAACUGGGACCGGUAUCUGGCCGAUUCAGAUGGGUGAUCUCUAUCCCACAGCGCAUUUUCUGACCUUUCAGAUCGUCGGCAAUGAUCUCAGCCCGAUUCAACCGCAAUGGAUGCUUCCUCAAAACGUCGAGUUUAUGAUCGACGACGUGGAACAAGACUGGGUGUGUCCUCAGCCUUAUGACUACAUCCACUGUCGAAACCUGAAACCAGGCGGCUGGAUCGAGUUUCAAGAUUUCGAAGCCCUGCCGUACAGCGAAGACGACUCCGUCACGCCAGACAACCACCUCAUCAAAAUGCUGCGCUAUCUGGGCGAGGCAUGCGACAAGGUCGGCCGGACGUUGAAUCCGGGGCCAUUCCUGAAAGGAUGGGUCGAGCAGGCCGGUUUCACGAGGAUUAACGAGCAGAUCUUCAAACUGCCGAUUGGGGCAUGGCCAAAGGAUCGUCGACUGAAAGAGCUUGGGUCAUUCAUGGCAGUGUCCUUUAUCGAAGGUGUCGAAGCCUUCACUCUCACCCCCUUCAUUGAUGUUCUGGGCUGGUCCAAGGACGAGGUGAUGGAGUUUAAUGCCAAAGUGCGGCAGGAUGUGACGAGGAGAGAGGCCCAUCCGAUAUAUAAUUACUAUGUAGUGACAGCGCAGAAGCCAAUAUAA